GAUGUUUAGAGGCGGUUAGCGAGAAGAGGCGAAAAGCGAAACAUAAACUGAAAUAAAUACUGGAAAUUUCUUUUUUGUCAAGUUCCUUUUAUCAAAAUAUGGUACACUGGACUUCUAUUUACAAGGAUUGAUAGAAAUUGAGCGUCGAUGUUUGGAAUUGCAGAUUCUGGAUGGAAUGCUCGAUAACGUGCCAGGAAUAAUGUUUAUAUGCCGUUCUUUUGGCUUAUAAUGUCAGAAAACUAUAAUUUUUUACUUGUUAAUUGCGGAUAUUCAGCGCUAAAACAUACUUCUGGUGUUUUAUCCUGUGUGAACUAUUCAAAAAGAUUAUUGGCAUUACUUUGGGUGUUGUUUAACAAUUGAAUUUUGCUAUAUUUACUGGGAUUAUGGCCCACCAGCCUGGAAUGGGCCGUGGUGUUGGUCCAGGAGGUACACCAUAUAACUUUGACCCCAUGCACCAGGAACAGCAUAUGCAGGCCCACAUGCAGUCACCUCGUCCAGAACAUUUUCCACCCACAAGUCCAAUUUUUACUGGUACCCCCACAUUGCCAGGUCCUGUUACACCAUCUUGUACAACGCCACCCAUGGGCACAACCAGUAUCCCCCGAUAUCCCCUACGAUCACCCACGCACCCAAUGUAUCAAGGAGAUCAACACCGUGUUUCUCCUGUGAGCACUCGGAACGUUAUGGAUCCUGCUUUACAGAUGCACUACCAGUAUUCACCAUAUUACCAUGGCCGACGACCCAGCUAUUCUGAGGAGCAACCCAUAACCUCAUCCACUGGUGCCACACACCAACUUCCUAGUUAUCCUGUAGGUGUUUUAUCUCAGCAAAUGCCAACUGUACCACCUUAUCCCACUCCAAAUAUACCAAAACGUACCCCGCAAGUGAAGGGUGGGACAAGACGCAAUCCUGGCCUGAAGAUUGACUUCUCUCCAUCAAAGGCAACAGAAAUGGGCCACGAAGGUUAUACCCCUACAAGCUCACCAUAUCCCCCACCGAUGUUGAGAUCCCCUGCAUAUCCUGGUAUGUCCCAAAACAUAGCUAUCCCUGGAAAUGCCAGUGAAGAGGUCAAAGAACUAAGGCGGAAAGUGGUUGAAUACUUUUAUCAAAACAUAGAAAUUGUGAAAAAACGAUACCAGCACAGCUUACAGGAGCUGUUCUUUCUACAGCAUGGUGGAAACCUUGUCGAUUUUCACCACUGGAGACGCAAACCAACCCAGCAAUGGAUUAAUUUCCAGGCCACGCAUAAACUCGAAGAUGACAUUGAUUUCUAUGUAACCUCAAGUCCGAUGGAGAAUGCUCAGGUUCAGAACAUCGGCAAUGAUUACAUUGCUCUACAGCAUAAGUUCUAUCCUGGAAAUCUCCCGGCAAAUACCCAACAGGGGAAGAUGAUUUCUGCAAGAGGCAUGGAGUUUCGAAAUGCUCAACGAUCUCAGAGUCUUCAUGCCACGGCUCGUGCUCCUAAUAAUCCUAUUGGGGGCCAUAUAGACCUUGCAAGUUCUAAACUUUUUAUGUCCAAGGAUGCUAAUUUCGGUGCAGCUUUGAACACUCAGCGAAAUAGGAGGAAUACUCAAAGUAGUGCACAGGAUGAUCUAGCGAAUGCUAGGGCGCUCGCAUUUAACAACUCGAAAGAAGAUAUAGUGCUUGAAGCCAAGCGUGAAGCAGACAUUCUGAAGCAGGUUUCAGAACUGAGGAAAGAGGGACUGUGGUCUGCAAAGCGGUUGCCAAAAGUGCAAGAGCCUGGACGCAAUAAGUCACAUUGGGAUUAUGUCUUGGAAGAGAUGGCAUGGCUAGCGACAGAUUUUGCUCAAGAAAGACGAUGGAAAAAAGGUGUUGCCAGAAAGCUUAGCAAAGCUGUUUUGAGAUACCAUCAAGAAAUUAAAACAAAAGAGGUCAAAGCAGAGAAAGAGUCGACUGUGAAACUGCAGAAGAUUGCAAGCAGCAUUGCAAAAGAAGUCCGUCAGUUUUGGCUGAACAUUGAGAAGGUUGUGCAAUACAAGGUUCAGAGCCGAAUUGAAGAGAAGCGAAAGAAAGCGCUUGAUGUUCAUUUGAAUUUCAUUGUCGGGCAAACAGAGAAAUACUCGUCAUGGCUUGCGGAAAGCUUGAAGGAGUCUAAACCAUCCAGCAGCGUUGCCAGCUCUGUGGCAUCUUCGACUGCAGCGUCUUCUCCCAUGUCCUCAAGACAGGAUACAGGUGAUGAAAGUGAUCUGGAUAUCACAGACGAGAGCGAUGAUGAACAAACAAUAGACGUUGAAGAAUCCUACGAGACCAAGGAGUUCAUGAGUGCUGAAGAUGAAAUCUCUGCAUUGCAACGGGAGAGCGAAAUCCCCAUUGAUGAUCUGCUUGAAAGUUUGCCGCUUGAAAUGUUCACGGAACAUAAGUCGGACUCCGAGAAGGAAGGCGAUGAAGACAAGGCUGACGAUAAAGACAAGGCUGAAGGAAGUUCGUGUCAGGACGGGGAUGUACCAUCGACGUCUCAGGAGGGUGGAGAAGCAAUUGCUGACGAUGAAGUCACCGACGGUGAUGACGAGUUUGUACUGCGCGAUACGAUGGUUGUUGCCGACGAUGAAGGAACCUUAGAUGAAGAAGAAAAGAUGGAGAACACAGAAGAUCAUGCCGAGGAAAUAUCGCAGCUUGAGCAAGAAGGCGAGUUACCAAUCGAGGAACUUCUUAAAAAAUACGUUUGCGGGACAGCCGAGGAUCGUGAGGAUCCUGAUGAGAUAUGGAGGGGUGAAGAGAGUGAAGAAAGCUCUCAAGAAGAUUCAAGUGAGUCUGAGGAGGAAGGUAUGGAGUGUCUAUUACAAAGUGAUAACGACCAGGAGACGACGCCAGCAACUAACACUCACUCUGAAAGUCCUAAUCAGGAACUCAACGACGCCGCAGCCACGGCAGAAAGCCUACAGCCAACUGGUUACACGUUAGAAACAACGGAGGUGAAGACACCAAUACCAUUCUUAUUACGUGGUGGUACCUUGCGUGAGUACCAGUACAUUGGUCUCGACUGGCUGGUCACGAUGUUCGAGAAACGGCUGAACGGUAUUCUGGCGGAUGAGAUGGGUCUCGGCAAGACGAUCAUGACCAUCGCGGUGCUCGCGCACCUUGCAUGCGAACGAGGCUGCUGGGGACCGCACCUGAUCGUCGUGCCGACGAGCGUCAUGUUAAACUGGGAGAUGGAAUUUAAGAAAUGGUGCCCGGGGUUCAAGAUCUUGACCUACUAUGGCAGUCAGAAAGAACGGAAAAUUAAAAGAACGGGUUGGACCAAGCCAAAUGCGUUUCAUGUUUGCAUCACGUCGUACAAGCUCGUUGUUCAAGAUCACCAAUCGUUUCGCAGGAAGAAAUGGAAGUACUUGAUCUUAGACGAGGCUCAGAACAUCAAAAAUUUCAAAUCGCAACGAUGGCAGUACCUUCUAAAUUUCAACACGGAGCAUCGUCUCUUAUUGACUGGCACGCCUUUGCAGAACAACUUGAUGGAGCUCUGGUCUUUGAUGCAUUUCCUAAUGCCUCAUCUCUUCGAGUCUCACAAAGACUUCAAAGAUUGGUUCUCGAACCCGCUGUCCGGUAUGAUCGAGGGCAGCAGCGAGUACAAUGAAAAUCUCGUGAAGCGACUUCACAAGGUGCUGAGACCGUUCCUAUUGCGACGUUUAAAAUCCGAAGUCGAGAAACAAAUGCCUCAGAAAUACGAGCACGUGAUCCGAUGUCGGUUGUCGAAACGUCAGCGAGUUCUGUACGAUGAUUUCAUGUCUCAAACCAGGACUAAAGAAACGCUUGAAAGCGGUCAUUUGCUAAGUGUUAUCAACAUUUUGAUGCAGUUGAGAAAGGUCUGCAACCAUCCAGAUCUUUUUGAGCCCCGACCGACAGUGACCUCGUUGAAGAUGACUGGGAUAGUCUACACUACUGCCUCUCUGGUCCUCACGGCCUUAGAUCAGAAUCCGCUGAACACAAUCAGCCUUCAAAGUAUGAACUUUUUGCUUACCCAACUCGAGUUUACGUUGAGCGCCUUUGCGAGCCAUCGCGUCCGACAGUUACAAACGCCUCAGGCAUUGAUCACAGAAAUCGACAGCUAUGCGGUUCCAGAAACCCCUUUACUCUUUCCCGUGAAGUUUGAACACAGUGCGCAGUCGCAAAACGGUCACGUGUUCAAUCAUGACAACCCACCAGGACCGCCUAGUUUUCAGAAGCUCAGCGGCACUGAUACCGCAAAAGGAAGGGGGAACACCUACCCUGAACCUGAGACACUCUGCCCCGGGUACGCCGGACACAAGUACACCCCUCCCUCUGAACAAGAUUACUACAAUGCUUUCAACUCAUCGGAGGGUGCCGCGGAUCCCUACGCUACCCCCCUGGGGACGUCAAUGUUCGCUGAAAUGCGGGAUGGUGGGUUUUCGACCCCUGUCGGACAGGUUACCGGAGAAGUGAAACAGAUGGAUAAUUUAUCGUACAAUACCAGGACUUUGUUGAAAGCCUCGAGGAGUCUGAACACGGGCGAGGUUCGAGCGUACGGAAGCAUGAACGGUCAUGUGGGGGUAAACUCUGCGGCCAUUCUGGAACAGAAGAAAUUACUUGUGGAGAAAGCCGCUGAAAGUGCGCCUAACAAAGGGCUCAGUUUGGGCACGUCACCAUUCAUGCUGCCUCGUCUCGAAGAAAAGCGUUUCCACGCACGUCAAGACAAGCUCCGUUUCCUGGCGGCCGUAAACGAACGGCGCUGCACGGCUCAACCCGUGUACGGCCAAGAUUUGCUGCGCUCCGUGACGGUUCUAAGAAAUCCCAUGGAGCAAUCUUGGAGCAAGACCUCAAGCCAUAGACCUUCGAUAUGCGAAACGCUUCAGACGAUGACCAAAUCCCCGCAAGAACGCAUCGAUGAGAUGACGGAGAUUGUUAAAAGGUUUGUGUUCACCAUCCCGGCCGUAUCGUCACAGCGCAUACACAUGCAUACUAGUCACCCACCGCCCUCGCACCUCACGAGACAGAGACACAUGGAGGAACGCUUGCAAUCCGAACUCUCCGACAAGAUGGACAUCUUACAUCCGAUCAUUCGCGGCCAACUGCUGCAGUUUCCUGAAGUCCGUCUAAUACAAUACGACUGUGGAAAGCUUCAAACGUUAGAUCUCUUGCUGAGGAAACUGAAAGAUGAAAAACACAGAGUCCUGAUCUUCACCCAGAUGACUAAAAUGUUGAACGUUUUGGAACGAUUUCUCAACCAUCAUGGUUACCUUUAUCUCCGUCUGGAUGGCACCACGCGUGUGGAACAACGACAGGUUUUAAUGGAGCGAUUUAACAACGACAAGAAGAUCUUCUGUUUCAUCUUGUCGACGCGUAGCGGUGGAGUGGGGGUGAACCUCACCGGGGCAGACACGGUGAUCUUUUACGACAGUGACUGGAAUCCGACCAUGGACGCGCAGGCGCAAGACCGCUGUCACAGGAUAGGGCAGACUCGGGACGUUCAUAUUUACCGACUGAUCAGCGAAAAGACGAUCGAGGAGAACAUAUUGAAGAAAGCUCAUCAGAAGAGACUGUUGGGUGAAAUUGCUAUCGAGGGUGGUAACUUUACCACCACUGUCUUACGGGAGAGCACCGUUCGCGAUUUGUUCUCCAUCGACGAGUCCGGUACAGAUUUCCAAGAAAUUGUCUCCGCGGAUAAAAGCAAAGAAGAACAGAAUGCUGGGAAGAAAAAUCCCAAAUCUCAGAACGCUUUUGAAGAGGCUUUAAUGAAAGCUGAGGACGAGCAGGAUGUGAAGGCAGCGUCGCUUCUCAAGGCUGAACAGGACGCCGAGCUGGCGGAGUUUAAUGAAAGUAUUCCGCUUGAUGAUGAAAACUCUGCCAAUGGUCAAGGCAUCUCUAAAGUUGAAGAGGAGCUCAGAGAGUUAGAAAGUCAGCUCUCUGGUGUGGAAAGAUAUGCCGUACAUUUCUUCGAAUCCACGCAAACCUUUGCUACUGAGGAAGAGCUGGAUAUUGACCAGAAGAAGCUUCAGCUCUCUAAAAAGGACUGGGAAUUGGAACAUAUACAAUCGUUGAAAGACGAAAAAGAGCGGCGCGCCGUCGCAGAGGACUUGGACGAGAAUCUGGAGAUCACCUACACCACUGAAGAAUCACGACAGGAAUUUGUGGACGAAGUGACUGGAGAGGAAAUGCCGUUGUGGCGACCACCAACCCCACCCUGCGAUGUCGAACCUUUCGUGGACCAUGCACAGAACUUCAUUUACGAAUCGACGCCAUUGCCUGAAAUCCAGUUACCUCGCGAGACACGCACCAGGCGUUAUCUUGGAGAGUUUAAGAAACAUGGGAAACGAAGCAUUUCUACCUUCAGACUUCCUUACAAAGAUUCUGUCAGGCGUCGUCUUCGUAAACCUCAUUCGAUGUUUGAUCGCCGAGCAUUGGAAGCCUUCUUCAAGAAUCGUCGUAAUGCUUUGAGCAACGCCAAGAAAGCGAAGAUGAAGCUAACGAAACAACAGCCACAACAACCUCAACAACAACAACACACCGUUCCUGCCGCUAUGAGGCAGCAAGGUGAUAUACAAAUGGUUGACACAGGACCAGAAUGGUUUGUCCAUGAAGACUGGGCCUUGCUCCAGGCUGUUCAUUACCUUCAAGAAAUGCCGGUGGACUUGACAAUCACAGAUCUUGGCCACACGCCGAACUGGCUUCUCGUCAGCGACAUCGUUAAUGCUUCCAGUCGUACAUACAGAACUGCCAGACAGUGCCGAGAUCGCUACGUGAAUGUGGUAAUGCCCAGAGAGGAGGGUAAAGUUCCGUUAAUCGACGAGAAUCAGAAGAAAAUGAAGACCAAGCUCAAAGCACCUUAUGCCCCACCAGACUAUUCUGCCGUUUCCGGGAACCAGCCACUCCCCAAGCCAAAGGAUGGACAGGGAACCAGGCUUCAUGGCAUUCAGACGAGUGAUGGCGGUCGCUCAAGCACCUUACAUCAUUCCUCCGUCUUUGAUCUCGUUAGGAAAACGUCGGUGAAACGAAAGCCAAGUGUUAAACAAAGUCUGAGCGUUGAACCAUACCAGAAGGCAGCUGGGCAAGCUUCCUCAACAUCCACCGUGAAAGUGGAAGAUGUUUAUCUUGACCCAGCGAGAAUCGCUGCAAUAAAAGUGGAAAGAAUACAGCGAGAAAAAGCCGAUGCUCUUCGACAACAACAACAACAGCAGCAGCAACAGCAGCAACAAUCGACCCAGGAACAACAGCAACCGGCACAACAAACUCAACAACCCGCGCAACAGUCGCAACAACCAGCGCAUGCUCUCUCACAACUUCCGGCAACCGCUUCGGCCAAGAUCACCGUAUCGCAGACUCCACAGCCCGGUCAACUAACAACCGCUGGUCAGCAGCAGACUCAAGCAGUGCCAGCAUACCCAAAUCAAAGACUAGCAGCAGCUCAUACUCAAAUCUUGACCUCGACUAACCAAAAAAUGACAAUGGUUACGACGUUGAACACGAAGCCAUCCCCGAACAUACAAGUUGCGACGUCACUGCAGAGUACGCUGGUCAAAGGUGCCGCAGGCUCUACCAUUGUUGUGAAGACACCGCCUAGCAACAUUAAACCGUAUGCGGCUAUCAACAAGCGAAUUGCAGCUCAUUCUGGUAUUGCUGGAGCUUCACUUCCUACAAUGAAGGCGGUUGUCACAUCUGAAGGUGGAAACCGAACGUUGCCUUCGCACGAAAACGCGGUUCAAUUCCUGGCCUCGACCGCCAAUGGCACAAUUCGCCUCUCGAACACCCAAUUACCAGCUUCAAACUCCGUGGUUGUUUCCCAGUCUCCUCAGGCUGCACAAAGACUCCCAGAGUCUGUACAUCCAGCAAAAAUAGUCUCGGGCAAAUUCGUUCACGCAGGAACAACGAAAACAAUCACAGCGCAACAGUAUAACAUGUUGCAGAAACGUCUGGCAUUGGAGAGGCAGUGCCGACAACAGCAGGGCCAACAACCAGUGCAACCAUCUCAAACACAACAAGGGAAACAAGGUGUCCAGACAGCUGUGAGAAAGGUGGCAACGGCCACACCUCAGAAGCAGUUGCCAGCUGGAAGUAAGGUCGAUCAACAACGUCUGACGCAAACGAUGACCGUCGCCUUUCCUUCGCAACAACAAGCCAUUCAGCACAACAAACACAUUUACGCACAACAACAACAACAACUGCAGCAAAUUUUACAACAGAAGCAACAACCCAAGCAACAGAAGGUGCAGCAAGUACAACAGAAGCCAACGUCGCAAGCUACCGCAGCGCAACCGCCCGAGCAGACAGCAAAACAACAACAGGAGAAGCAAAGCGUGCUGCAACAGGUCACAACACAGCAGCAACUGGUCACAACACAACAGCAGCAGGUUGCAGCACAACAACAUCAACAGGCUGCGACCCAGCAACAACAGCAACAGACAACAACGCAGCAAAUCAAACGAGUAAAGUUGCCAUCUGGUCAGCAAGUUACCUCAGUUGUCACAACCACUGGUGUAGGGGGAGCUGCUAAACACGUGGUGAUGCUGCCAGGGCAGACGAUACAGGGCUUAGUUAAGAACACGCAGAAAUUUACACCACAACAACAAGUAUAUCGUAUGUCAUUGAUCAAACAGCGUCAACAACAACAAUCACAACAACAGUCUCUGCAACAACAGUCUCUGCAACAACAGUCUCUGCAACAGCAGCAACAACGGCAACCGUCCCACGGAACACAACCGGUACAGGCACAGCCAAGCACUACAACAGUUCAGGUGAUCCCAAAGUCCGCCUCGCCGAGUUUACAAAGUCAACUUCCCAGCACACCAACCACCCAAGUACAACUAGUGACUUUACAACCAGGACUUACAAGCACCAAUCCUGUUGUUCAACCUAAGCCACCUCUUACCAAACCAGCUACUACAACUGUUGCUGGGCAACAGAUAACAUCACCACCUGUCUUACCCAGUCCUGCUGUGGUAAGUACGGUGGUGUCUACCACGCCUGCAUCAACACAGUCCACCAACCCUGCCAACCAACAUCAGUCACCAUAUGCAAUGCGUUCUAGAAGUCAGUCCAAGUAGGAAAGAGUGUAUUUUGAACUUAAUUCAUUUGUACUUUUUUUAAAUAGUAUUUAUUAAAAUCCUAGAAUAUUUUGAUCUCAUUAAGAGAGUAUGGUUUCUAGAUUUUAACAUCUGGUAACACUCUUUUAUUGUCCUAAUCUUAUUUGGAAUAUGACAGACAAUUUCAUGUAGACAGAACAGUUGGCCAGACCAAAAAAUCCCCUUAUUUAAUUAAAAGCCCCUUAGAAAAAUUUAAGGUACUUCUAAUGGAGCUGG